AUGGACUAUUCGCGAGUUCCCGAUAAGGCUGUUAAACUUUCUGAACUACUGGAUCUAGCUCUUGGAACACCUGAUCCAGGGUCGGUUAACUUCGGAAUAUUGUAUAUCAUUUUAUCACAUAUAAUAAAGCACCUCAAACUCAGCGAUGUGGAGCCAGAUGUAGAGAAACCUUCAAAUGAACCACGGUCACAGAAUGAAGCAAAAAUAUCAACUUCUGAAUUGGCCCCAAAUAUAUUCCAUAAUAUUCAAAAAAGAUUAACCACUAUUGAAUCUCAAUUAGCCUUAUUGAAUUCUUUACCAAAUAAUCAAGAUAUUAUUGGUUACAUUGAUAAUGAUAUACAUAAUAAAAAGAAUAAUAAUUCAUUAGAUAAUUCAAAUGAUAAUUAUAGAAAAGUUACUAAUCUAUGGCAAACUGUACAAACUAAUAAACGUUUAGAUGCUACAGAAGAAGGUCUUCAUAGAUUAAGCUCCUUGACAGAUGACCUACUUGAACAAAUCAAGAAAUUUUCAGAACAAAAUAGAGCAUUGAAAUCUGCACUUGACGAAGCAUUAUUAAACUCUGCAUUAAAGGAUCAAUUGGCUGAAUUAACACGAAAAUUAGGUGAAAUUGAAAAACGUCAGAAUCAAGAAGCAGCUCUUUUACAAAAUGUUGUUCAUAUGGAUGCAUUACGUGGUUUAGUAUUUUGGCAUACAUUAGGCAAAUCAAUUACUGGAGUAGAUUAUUUAACUGCUUAUUCACAAGUCAAUACUACUACUACUACUAAUAGUAAUAAUAAUGGUAAUGGUAAAUCAUAUCAUGUCAGUACUAUUGAUAAUAAUCUAAUGAAAGAGGAAUCAAAUCGUUUAACAAAGUGUUUACCAGAAGAAUUUCUUGAAUGUCCAGAUCCGGAUCUAUCGUCUACACUUCGAAAACUUGGAAAUGUAGCCUCUGGAUUUGAUUCAGUAGUUAAUCGAAUUGAACAACUUGAAGGAAUUAUAAAACAAAAAGCUGAUCGUAGUGAACUAGAAGGUUUGGGUGUACCAACAGAAUUAUAUGAAAAACUAUAUAGUUUAGAAGCUAUUGUUAAAGAGUUAACCAAAGAAAGAGAAAAGAUUUAUGUAGAUUGUGGAACAUCGCCUCAUAUGCCUUAUCCGUCUGAUGAUAAGAAAUUAUUGAAAAAAUUACAAAAUACCAUGUCAGUAUUACAAGAACAAAUUAAUCAAUUGAAUAAUACGGUUACUAAUGUACAAUCACAAUUUAAAAAACUCCAUGAAACUGUUGAAGAUGUUAAACAGUAUGCAGAUGAUUUGGAAACGCGUAAAGCAAUGCAAAUUAUGUUGAUACACAAUUAG